ACGGGCAAACUGAGCUGCGAUCCCUCCCUCCCGCGAUUGCAAUUGCAUUUCUUGCUCCUCCUCCUCCUGGCGGGCAGGGUCAGAGUUGGGCCAAGAUGGCGGCUCCCAUGAGUGACACGUUCUCCUUUUGUAUGGACCCCGCCGGCCAAGCCCGCCGAGCCCUGGAGGUGCGAUUCAUCAGCAACGUCAAGGGCAAAGGACUCUUCGCCACUAGAAACAUCAAGAAGGGGGAAACGAUUUUCAUCGAGAAGCCCGUGGUGUCUGCCCAGUUCCUCUGGAAUGCCCUGUAUAAAUAUAGAGCCUGCGACCAUUGCUUGCGAGCACUGGAGACGGCGGAAGAAAAUGCCCAGAGGCUCCUGGGGAAGUCCCAAGCCCUUCCUCACCCAGAGCAGUGCAGCAUUCGGAAAGAGCUCCACCAGCACUGCCCCGGUUGCCAAGUGGCUUAUUGCAGCGCCGAGUGCCGCCAGCUUGCCUGGGAGCAGUAUCACCAGGUUUUGUGCCUGGGGCCUUCCAGGCAGGACCCCAACCACCCGCUCAGCAAACUGCAGGAGGCCUGGAGGAACAUCCAUUACCCCCCUGAGACUUCAAGCAUCAUGCUCAUGGCCAGAAUGGUUGCCACAGUCAAGCAGGCAAAGGACAAAGACUGGUGGAUCAAACUCUUUGCUCAGUUCUGCAGCAAAACAGCCAACGAGGAAGAGGAGAUUGUCCACAAACUCCUGGGAGAUAAAUUUAAGGGCCAGCUGGAAGUCCUGCGUGUGCAUUUCACCGAAGCCCUUUACGACGACCAUCUCAGCAGGUGGUUCUCCCCGGAAGGCUUCCGGUCGCUUUUCGCCCUCGUUGGCACCAACGGACAAGGGAUAGGGACCAGCUCUUUGAGCCAAUGGGUCCAUGCCUGCGAUGUCUUGGAGUUGCCCCCUCGGGAGCGAGACCAGUUGGACACCUUCAUAAACCAGCUGUACAAGGACAUGGAGAGAGAGACAGGGGAAUUUCUGAAUUGCGAAGGCUCUGGCCUCUACAUGCUGCAGAGUUGCUGUAACCACAGCUGCAUCCCCAAUGCCGAGACCUCAUUCCCGGAUAACAAUUUCCUCCUGCACCUGACGGCUUUGGAGGAUAUCGGGCCGGGAGAGGAGAUCUGCAUCAGCUACUUAGACUGCUGCCAACGGGAGCGAAGCCGCCACAGCCGCAACAAGACCCUCCGGGAAAACUACCUGUUUGUUUGCUCCUGCCCCAAGUGCCUGGCUCAAGCCAACGACCCGGACGUGACAUCGGAAGAGGAAGACGAGGAGGAGGAGGAAGCCGAAGGGGAGCCGGACGAUGCAGAACUGGAGGACGAGAUGACGGACGUUUGACCCUGGGGGCUGGGCUGGGGGUUUCUCUCUGGAGGCGACGGCGACAUUGGCUUGGGAAGCAGAUUCCUGGACUCGUGAGCGGCCUGUACUGGCAGCCGAGCAAAGGGCAGAGAUUUCACCAGGACACAAAGGGGGAAGUCUGUCCCUUUGGAAAAAAAGUGUGCCCCAUUUCCUGGCACCUCCCCUCUCUGCAUUGUAUCGGAGCUGUUAACCCCCUCAAAGACGGCCGGAUCUUCCCUGCCAAUUGCCACGGGGCAGUUCCCUAACAUGCAACAUCCCCCCCCCAAGCCCAUGGGGCAGAGGGGGAUGGGCAGAAGGAACCCCUUGACCACCAUUUCUCCACUUGCCUGGGUGCAGUAAAACGAUUUGCAACACAAAGAGCAGCUUUUGUGUUUGGGGGAAUAAGGGAGAGGCUCUUGUCUUGCCUUUUGUUCUGGGCCAAAACUAAGGAAAUGUAUUUCCACAGGGGCAAAUGGUCACAUUCUGCACUUAGCUGGGAAGAACCAGAUGCACAAAUAUAAGAUGGCGGGACACCGGGCUUGCCAGUGGUAAAAUAUGAGAAGGAUCUAGGGGUCUCAGUGGACCACAAACAUGAGUCAACAGUGUGAUGCAGCAGCAGAAAAAAGCUGAUGCUAUUCCAGGCUCCAUCAACAGAAAUCUAGUGUCCAGAUCAAGGGAAAUCAUAAUAUCACUCCAUUCUGCCUUGGUCAGAACAUACCUGGAAUACUGUGUCCAGUUAUUAAUAAUAAUUUAUUAUUUCUACCGCGCCCAUCUGGCUGGGUUUCCCCAGCCACUCUGGGCGGCUUCCAGCAAAAGAUUAAAAAUACAUUAAAACAUCAGUCAUUAAAAACUUCCCUAAGCAGGGCUGCACAAUUUAAGUUCUGGGCACCACAAUUUAGAAAGGAUGUUGACAAGCCGGGAAAUGUGCGGAGGAGGGUGACCAAGAUGAUCAAGGGUCUAGGAGCCAAGCCGUAUGAGGAAUGGUUGAAGGAGCUGGAUAGGUUCAGUCUGGAAAAUAAUCAUAGAAUUUUAGAGUUAGAAGGGAUCCCCCAAGGGUCAUCUAGUCCAACCCCCUGCAAUGCAGGAAUAGUUCUCUGCUGUUUUAACAGAGCAUUAAGAAGCUAGUUUUGCAAGGUUUUUUGUGUUGUGGGGAGGGUGGAGUUUAUCCCCUGGGAUAGCUCAGUGGGUACACCAUGAGACACUUUAUCUCAGAGUCGUGGGUUUGAACCCUACAUUGGACAAAAGAGUCCUGCACUGCAGGGGGUUGGACUAGAUGACCCUCGUGGUCCCUUCUGAUUCUCUUACUCUAUGAGUCUACCUGGGGUAAACAGAGACCCAUGAAGCAGGUUUGAUGGCUCAGAUAUUUGUGGGGCUCUGUGAUUUAAUAGGAUGUGACAAUUCUGGUGUGUCCUGAUUUUAGUUUCUUUUUAAAACCAAGUUUCUAGUCCUCGUAGAGGGAUAAAAGGAGCCAAGCUCUGGCAAGUCUGGUGACAAACCAUAGCUUGUUGCAUUUCAGGGAGGUCUCCUUUGUCAGGAGCUUUAUGAAAAGUUUCAUAAUUCCAACAGGACCUAUAGCUGCUAGAUCCAAUGUGUGAACAAAUAAUUAUCGCCGUGUCCUCUCCAAGAGCCCUUAACUCAGGGUGAUCAGCUGGCAACUGGUCUCUUAUCAGGUCCUUCACUCACUUCUUCACGUGGUGGAGCCAAGAUCAUUUCCCCAAUCUUUCUUGCCAUUAUUUGCUCAGAUUUGAGAACAUGGUGCCCUCAGACAUCAUCAUGAGGGCACCGGGGUGCGGGGUUGGGGUGGAUUAAAUGACCCAUUGGGGUCCCUUCCAACUAAGAUUCUAUGACCACCACCACCCUUGGCAGCUGCGGAGACCCUUACUUUAAAUUUGAGGGUUUUCUUUCUGCAACCAGAAGUGGCAAGAAUGCAAAAUCCAACAGUCUUCUAUUUCCUCCUAAUGCCUCUGUGCACCAGGUAGAGAGUGCUCUGCCUACUUCUGGGGGGGGGUGGAGGUUGUGCUUUUUGUUUGCUUGGGGGAAAUUUUGGAGGCGAGUUCUGCUUUCCUUUCGUCUUGGAUUUAUUUUGGGAGGGUCUGAGCACCUCUGCUUUUUCCUUCCGUGAAAGGACUACAGUCGUACCUUGGUUGCCGAACGCCUUGGAACUCGUAUGUCUCGGCUCCUGAGUGAUCGGAAACCAGAAGUGAGUGUUUUCCGGUUUCCGAACAAUUUUCGGAAGCCGGAUGUCCGCCGCGGCUUCCGAUUGGCCGCAGGACGCCCCUGCAGCCAAUCGGAAGCCAUGCUUUGGUUUUUGAACGGUUUCAGGAGUCGAACGGACUCCCGGAACGCAUUCUGUUCGAGAACCAAGGUAUGACACUGCUCUUAAAUGUGCUAGAAGUAAGGUUAGGAGAAGGCCCUGAGCUACCCAGCACUUACCAGCAGGGGGUGCCAAACGUGUUGGCCCCUUGGGCACAGUUUGCAAAGUAGAAAAACUGCUAUGCAUAAAACGCGCAGAAACCCCAGAACCUAUUUUAUUGGGGAAGGGGGGCCUGGUGUGGGGAAGCUGUGUCCCCAGGAGCCGCCAGCAAUCUGUGUCCUGGAGGUUUCAGUCUCUGUCGCUCCCUUCCCUAGUUAAAGCAGAGUUUGCGAAUGGGCACAUUUGAAACUCUGAGAGGGUGCCGUGGGAGGCUGUGGCAUAGCCAAAUAAAAACAAAAAAAUGGAACAAGAAGCAGGACCACAAGACUGCUGUGGGGAUUCUCCCCCAUCGAUGGAAAAAGGUAACCUAAAUUAGGGGUGGCCAACUACUGCGAUCUACUUUCAGAAUUAAAAACUGGCAGUGAUCUACCCAUUUUUUUGGGUUAGUUACAGGUAGGUAGCCGUGUUGGUCUGAGUCGAAGCAAAAUAAAAAAAUUCCUUCAGUAGCACCUUAAAGACCAAGUUUUUAUUAGAAGUGUGAAGAAGUGUGCAUGCACACGAAAGCUCAUACCAAAAUAAAAACUUAGUUGGUCUUUAAGGUGCUACUGAAGGAAUUUUUUUAUUUUGCUCCGUUUUUUUUGGGUUCAGCUCAAAGUUGUUGAGCUUUUUUAGGGAGGA